AUGAAGAAGCAGUCUGGACUGGUUUCGACGCUCUGUUUCUGCGUGUUGGGCCUUUAUGCAUCGUUCUUGUCAUGGUCGGUCCUUCAAGAAAGAAUAAAUACGAAACCAUACGGCUAUAAUCCAGAUACUGGGAAGCCGGAUUUUUUCAAGGCACCUUUAAUUGUGAAUAUAAUUCAAGCGUUUUUCGCAGCAAUAGUAGGCUUGGUGUAUUCGUUGAUAUCAGACAAGUCCAAUCCCUUUGACAUCUUUUUCCAGCUGGACAAACAGGUAAGCGGCAAGUUUUUGAAGUCUUUCCUUAUUAUUUCAAUAACGUCGUCUUUGUCUUCUCCAUUGGGAUACCAGUCAUUGAAGCAUGUAGAUUAUUUAGCAUUCUUGCUCGCAAAAUCAUGUAAAUUGAUUCCUGUGCUCUUGAUUCAUACCACGUUGUAUAGAACCAGGUUCCCCUUAUAUAAAUACUUGGUUGCAGGAGCAGUUUCUGCGGGAGUUGCAGUAUUCACCUUUGGACAUCCAUCCAAAAGCGAGUCAAAAACCAGCAUCAACGAUGGGCAAACCUUGAUAGGAAUGGCCCAGUUGAUUGGGUCAAUGGUCUUAGACGGGUUGACCAAUUCCACCCAAGAUCAGUUAUUUAAGAUGCCAUCGCAAGUGAAACUCACUGGCGCCAAAUUAAUGUGCUUGUUGAACUUUUUCAUGUUUGUAUUAUCUUUAACAUACGCAUAUUUUGUUGAGUAUAAGGGAGAAAUCACCUACACCAUCAACUUCAUCACGCACUACCCUCAAGCAUUGGGUAACAUAUUGGCGUUUGCCAUUUUGGGGUCUUUGGGCCAGGUAUUUGUAUUUAUUAUCCUUGAAAAGUUCGAUUCUUUGAUCUUGGUCACUGCUACUGUAACCAGAAAGAUGAUCAGUAUGAUUUUGAGUGUCAUCUUAUUCGGACAUCACCUCAGUGGGCUACAAUGGGUAGGUGUGUCACUCGUUUUCACCGGAAUUGGCUAUGAAGCAGCUGCAAAGCUGCCUAAGAAGGAGGUGAAAGCGCAAAAACUGAAAAGCGAUUAG